AUGCCAUCAGCCGUACUUGACCUGGGGAUAAGGCCAGAACUUUGGGACAAUCCUGACGUCAACGUGCAUGCCCUUAUUGAGGCGAAUGACACUGCCGGCACCUUUGACCCGAAGUCUCCCCCACUUCGCUGCUGGGAGUGCUGGGAGUGCUGGGAGUUUGGAGCUCCCAACGCCUCUGGCUGGGGUGGCAUUGUGUAUGGAGGGUGUCAAGCUGGAAGGGAGGUGCCAACCUCUGGCGUUUGGAUCACCAUCCCAGAAACCGCUGUGCCGAGGACCAGCACUUUGCGCUGGCAAGUUGCGCAAAGUAGACACAGAGAGAUCAUGGCGAUCGGAGAGAUUUUCCUGGAGCUGCUUCAACCCAUUGCGGAAGAGCACACCAUCGUAGAGCGCCAAGAGGACCUAAGAGGACCUAAGGAUGGCGCAGACCAGAUGAAGCUGACAUGGAGAUGA